AUGGCCGCGCUGCAGAGGUCGCGCGGUAGCUCGGGCAGGGGUGGGGUGUGCUCAGGGCGCAAAGGGCGACAACGCAGUGGCUGUUGCGAGAAUUUCUACUUUCGGCGACGUGUGUGCGGGCGCCGUCUGCGUCGGGUGCGCAGAGUCGAUCACUGGCGCGGUAAAGGGGCGGGGGGAGUAGCGGCGGGCUGCUCUCGCGAGAAGUGGCCGCAACGGCGUCGGUGUGUGCGGUUGCCUACGGCCCAGUCGGGGCGUCCACAGAGUUCUGUCGCCUCCCCUCACCGUGCGCGGCUCGUUGCCGCUGGGGUGGGGGACUCCGGCAAAGUGUGGGCGUGCCGAGGCAUGUCUGUGCGCCACGCCUUGGUGAGUUUUGCGGCGUUCUGUGCGCGGCCCAGCCGGCGCGGGGCGGCGGGGAGCGUUGACCUCCAGGGGGGCGGAUUCCGGGUCGGCCGCGCCCGGAGCUUCGCUGGCGGUGCGUGCCGCCGCUGCAUGUGCCCGCCGCUGCUUGUUCUAUGCCGAGUCCGUCGUCACGGCCCGCGCGGGCCCACUGCCGCGCGGGGGAGUCGUGCGGCGGCGCACGCAGUGGCGGAGGUGCGCCUCGAGCUGCUCGGGCGGCUGGCCGGGCUUCGCAGGAGGGAAGGUAGUUACGCGCUUCCGCUCGGCCGGAAGUGCGCCGGGCGUCCGGUUGUGGCUGGCACGGCGCGGAAGAGGCCGGGGGCGCCCCGUCGAAGGGUGUCGUGGCGCCUCGCCGUGGGCGCCGCCCGGUGCGGAGGUGGCGAAGGAAGAAGCCAGCGAGGCUGGGAGGGAAGAGUCCUGCGGUGGAGAGCCCUCGCUGCCCGCCGUGCGGCUCCAAAGGCGCGUCGCGCGUCGUCCCCGCCGCCCGGUGCGGGGGUGGCUGGGGCGUCGUCCUUCGCCUGGAGCCGCGCCUACGUGCCGGCGCUUUGCCUUGAACGCGCGGCGCGCAACCGCUCCCCAUAG